CGAAAUCAGUUCAAGAAGAAAACUUCAACUCGAAAUUUUCCCCAAAAACCUGCUCUUAUUAUGUUAUAUGAACACUCGGGCAUUGGGCAAACUUACACGUACGAUAAUUCAACGCUUCUCACGAACGAAACCAAUCCGUAGUGAUAUAAAUUUCAGGGUCAUGACAUUGUGAAAGUUCAUCACCGGUCCGCGUUGCAUUUUCUUUCAUGUUCAUAACUGUCAACAUUCUGAUCUAGUUUACUGUUGGAACUGCUCGUCGUUGCUCGUCUACUCGAUAACAAUACACAUUUUCAAGAAUGGAUCCUGUACGUGUUCUUGUAACCGGAGCUGCCGGACAGAUCGCUUAUUCUUUGAUUUUACAAAUCGGUAAAGGAGAUGUAUUUGGAGCCAAUCAACCGGUUAUUCUACAUUUAUUGGAUAUUCCGCCAAUGAUGAAAGUAUUGCAAGGAGUUGUCAUGGAAAUCGAAGACUGUGCUUUACCUCUUGUCAAAGAUGUUGUUGCUACUUCUGAUGUCGAUGUUGCCUUUAAUAAUAUCGAUGCUGCAUUUUUGGUCGGUUCGAUGCCGAGGAAAGAAGGCAUGGAACGUAAAGACUUACUCGAAUGCAACGUUAAAAUUUUUAAAGGGCAGGGAGAAGCUUUGGACAAGUUUGCCAAGAAAUCGGUUAAAGUUUUAGUCGUUGGAAAUCCAGCCAAUACGAACGCUUUGAUUUGCUCUAAAUACGCUCCGUCUAUUCCACGUGAAAAUUUCUCCGCUAUGACCAGACUGGAUCAAAAUCGUGCAAAGGCCGCCAUUGCUAAGAAAGUCGGUGUAACCGCUGAUAAAGUUAAAAACGCUAUUAUUUGGGGUAACCAUUCGUCCACUCAGUUCCCCGAUGUGAAAAACGCUACCGUCGAGUUGCCUUCUGGUGAAGUGCCUGUUUAUGACGCCGUCAAGGAUACCGAGUGGUUACAAAAUGAAUUCGUCAAGACGAUACAAGUCCGUGGAGCUGCUGUGAUCGCUGCUCGUAAAAUGUCGUCGGCUAUGUCAGCAGCUAAAGCAGCUGGCGAUCACAUGAAGGAUAUUUGGUUCGGAACCAGCCCCGGACAAAGUGUUUCGAUGGGUGUUAUGUCCGAUGGAUCGUACGGUAUCGCUAAAGAUCUAGUUUUCUCCUUCCCUGUACAAAUUGUCAACAAGAGUUGGAAAAUAGUCGAUAAUUUCCAAAUCGACGAUUUCGCUCGUGAAAAAUUAUCCAUCACGGAGAAAGAAUUACUCGAAGAGAAAGAAGAAGCUCUGCAAGUAUGCCAAGAUUGACGGGACUAUCCCCCAACCACAUUAGCACGCUUGUAGCUUCUCACCGUAGAAUUUCAUCGAUUGGUUGGGGGACGGUGAUCGAAACGUGAUAAAAUUGUAAUUUCAUCCGUACGAGGUCAUCUUUUCUUUCGUCAUUUUACAGAUAACGACGUUUCGAAUUCGCUUACGAUAAACUAUUAAAAUUAGUAAUGUUAAAUCGAGUCUCUUUUAUCCCGAACUGUAAGUAUUUUUGACCUCAUGCAUUUACCAAAAGAAAAAAAAAAGUUCAAAUUUGGCUGCAAUUUUUUUUUCCAUUUUGUUUUUUAUUUUUAAUUUAUCGGUGAAUUGAUACGAAAUAUUCCAAUUGUACAUUCUGUUAAGUGAAAAGUGGUGCGAUGUAUUCCAAUAUAUACGAUUAAGGUGUCCAAUGUUAUUUUACCCCCCAACCUAUUCUUUUAUUUACCUACGUUUUACCCGGUUUGUUUAAUGGCGCUUUUCAAAUUCAUUUAGGCUCAUUCUAAUUUAUGUAUUUUUAAACUACGUGACGCGUUAUUCUACUUUAUUUAUGUUUUAAUAUUGUAAAGGGCAUAAUUUUUUCAAUGUUAUUAAAAAAGUAAUUGUUUUUUCUCGAAUAAAGAUUGAAUUUAA